GCUUUUCUCAGUAUAUUCACAUAUACGAAAGGCGAAAGAUGACAAGACUUAAAAUAAACACGACGUAUCUAAAAGAAUUAGAAAAAGAAAAUACACGAAUACUUAUGUUCAAGAAGGGAAACCAAAUAGAUGAUAUCACUGAUGAGAUCAGGAACUGGUUCAAGGAAUGGUUCUACGGUUAUGGCUUCUUUCCUGAAUUCCCUUAUGAAAUCGAAGGAGGUACUAUACUAGUUGUAAGAGGCGACUAUCCAUCUAUAGAAGAAAAACAAGAAAUGGAUGAAAAAACAUUAAAAGAAACUAAAGGGAAAACGAAAGAACAGAUGAAAGAAGAAAGGGCUAGAUUGAAAGAAGAAAAGAAAAUGAAAGCUCAGAUGGCAAAAGAAGCAAAGCGAAAAGAAGAUGAGAACUUAGUGAAGGCACGAUGCAACCCCUUCUCUGACCCUGGGUAUAAGAUACUGGAAUCUGCUGCAUUGCCAUCACUUAAUGAGGCUCUUAUAGGCUACAGGGCAGCGUGGUCUCUUUUUGAUGAGAUGCCAAAAGAUAAGUUUGGCGAAACAAUAUACGGGUACAUGAAACCGCUACUGACUGAGGAUCUGAUGAAGGAUAUGCAUCUGGAGUGCAGGAAGAUUAUCGAUGAAAUGAUGAGGUUAGAUCUAAAAAUGCUAAUACAGAAACACCAGGCGGAUUUCAAGUCGAUGGGCAAGACGUUUCCUAAAGUCAAGCCUAGGAAGAAACCUAAGGCGCCACCGGUACCGAAACCCGUCAUUUAUGACAAAAAGCUGAUCAAGCAAACCGCGCCAGUCUUUGAUCUGAACUUAGUCACAAAACCAACAACAAAACUCAGUGAAGUGUACGGCGAUUUGAAUUAUGCAGCUUAUAAUUUCAAUAUUAUAGAUCCUAAUGCAUCGUUCCCCUUUCCAGCUUAUGGUGAUAUCAAAGAUAGAAUAAGAUUGUCAUGUAUAAUGGGGUGUGGGAUCCAAGCUGGAGCUACCAGGAGAAAGUCUGUGAUGCUGUUAGGUCCUGAGAGGAAUGGAAAGCAGUUCCUCGCUGAUGCUGUUGCUGGGGAGUUGAGUAAGAUCUUUUGGGUGAUAUUUUGGAAAGAUUCUCGUGUAUAG